GUCACUUUCUCUCUGAUCUCGUAGUACUGUUCGUAGAGUGUAAAUCUGAAUACCUUAAAACCGGUUUAACGAAAUCGGUUUAAAUGGAUAAUCUACUCUGCGACGAAUCAUGGCUCUCGGGUCCUCUAACUCCGGAGCCUUUACCAAACUUCCGUUUAAAUACUUACGACGAUGACGUGGCGAUGACUCCGGCCAUGGACGCAGCGACGGUGGAUGAAGCCAUUUCUACGGAUUUAGAGAAAGAAUUAUGUUUCAGUAAUCAUGGAGACAAGUUUAUCGAGUUUCUCGUUUCUAAGAAGUUAACCGAUGCUAGGUUUCAAUCGGUUCAAUGGUUAAUCCAGGAAUGGAGUAAGUGGAUGGUGGAACUAGUUGCAGUAACAGCACUAUCUAUCGCAUCAAAAUUCAGCGAGGUUACUUCCCCUUCACUUCAAGAACUUCAGAUGGAAGGGCUAAAUCAUCUGUUUCACCACAAGACCGUUCUUGAGAUGGAACUCAUUCUGUUGAAAGCUCUAGACUGGCGUGUUAACUCAGUCACGAGUUACUCUUUUUCGCAACAUCUGAUGGCAAAAAUCGGGUUGUUAGGGGAAGAUAUGAUAAUGAGUCGAAUCACAGAUCAUUUGCUAAAUGACCUAUGCGAUUUGAAGAUGGCUGAAUAUUUACCAAGUGUCGUGGCGGUUGCGGCUGUGUGGAGUGUCGUAGAAGAAAAAGCAGCUCUAGAAGAUAAAAUUAUGAAUCUUUUUGGACAAGAGCACAAGGAGAAAAUUGCGAAAUGUGUCAAUGUUAUGAAAUAUCGUAACGUGGAAAAGGGUUGGAGAAGAAAUGCCGGUGGAGAAGUGAAGAGAUUUGCGAGUAUGUUGCAGAGAGGGGAAAUGAAGAAUACAAAUGUGGAUAACUACGUAGGAGACUUAUCUGCCAUUUUCCAGAUUUUACGAUCCGAAGGAUCCAAUAAGAAGAGAGGGAGAGAUAAUUACGAAGACAAAUUUCGACCUGCAAAAAAAAUGACAUUUAUAAGAAGGCAAGAGUGUAGACAAAGAGAUAAGAUUACAAAUGAGCACCUUGCCGCUAUCGUCAUCAAUCUUUUCACCUCUCCCGACCUGGUCGUCCCAUGGCCAUGGUCGAAACCUCAACAUCUGCUCCAGUCGGAAACAACAGAGUUUCCGUGUACGAGCCGCAAAACUGCCAGAAGGGUGCCGAAAGUUGAACCCAAAUCUCAACCUGCGUUUCUGGGUUUCACACAAACAGCUGAGAUAUGGAACUCAAGAGCUUGCAUGAUUGGUCUCAUCGGAACUUUCAUUGUCGAAUUGAUUCUGAACAAAGGAAUUCUUGAGCUUAUUGGUGUAGAGAUCGGAAAAGGGCUUGAUCUUCCUCUGUAAUACGUUUUUUAUUAUUGCCAAUUUCUCUGUGCGUACACACAUCUUGUGAAAUGUAAACUACUGAGUUAGUUACACAUCAAACAUGUAAAACUUGUUGUGAAAGUUUAUAUCUUUCGAGGUUCUAAGCUUUACAGGACACGAGUUGUACGAGCAUCUAUGAUGGCUACUUUACCUAAUGGCUCUGAGAGAGUUAACGACUCUGACAGAGAGAUACGUCUGUUUCUCCAGGCAGAUUCAGCCCAUGACUUCAUCUUCUCUCCUUCGCUUUUUCUGUUCUCUUGAAUCAGUAGUAGCUCUGCAUACCCGCCUGCACAGUCAAAGAUCCAAAGUAGCUCGAUGAUGAUUACAAGUGCCAUUACUUCUUGAGUUUCCAGCUUCAUUAUCCCUAUUGGAUUACAGAAAAGAUGUUGAGGACACUUAUGUAAAUUGGGUUCCAGAAUCGCCCGUGAAGUAACUAUUUGUAAGUACCUUAAGAAUCCAACGGAGGUGCUUUCAUGAGCUCCAAUGCUCUUCUGAAGAGACCCUGAGAUGGGAAGGGAAAAGUUGUAAGAUGAGGAAAUUUCAACGGUUUUUUAAACCCUAAAGAAACUUGCUUCUGACCUCUUGAAUCAUGAUAGAACUCGAGCGUUCUUGCUUGGCUUUGUUUCGGUACAUCAGAGCUACUCCAGUUAAAAUCACACCAACCAUAGGAUGAUUGUGUCCUGAUCCGAAGAAGCACAGAAUCCGUGAGUUCUUGCCUUAGAUCAUUGAAUUGAUGGAAAUGAGAAAAUCCAAAUGGUACCGUAAUGUUCCUCAGUGCUUUUUUAAUGCACUUGUCAGUGUCUCCUCCGCAUCACCAAAGUUUUUAACAAAAAGCAAAACACAAACAAGGACUAAUGAUAUAACCAGAAAUUAGCGAGGACCCGUAUGCACAAACUCAAAGCCUACCCAAUGUGUGACUCGAUCUGCCCAAGAGCAAAUGUGGCUGCCAAUGAGACUGCCUUCACAAUCAUGUUGCAAGAACACAUCGAUUCUUUGGUGUCUGUCACUCCUCUCCUUCAAUUGCCUUUUCGAUGAUUUUCAGUGCAGCAUAUGAUGUAUGGAUGUAAUGUUUGAUAUGUUUUUUUCAACUAAUCUAAUACUAAUUUAAAUGGUAGCAAGAAACAAAUAAUUAAAAAUACUAAUUAUUUUAAGAA